CUGCAGCUCUUCAUUCAUUCACACUCGCUCUCUUCCUUUAGCUUAUCGACUCUUCGCGUCUUCCAGAGGAAAUAACCGCCUCUAACGGACUCGCUGUGAGAGGACUUGCUCCUUUUUCUCUUUCGGACUACCUACGACUCGACAAACAGACAGAAAACAUGAAUUCUGCGUGCCUCGUCGCCGCCCAGACGCCUUUCGUCAACCCUGCAGCCUUUCUCUCGGCUGAGCCUCAGCCUGGUGUGCAGCAGCAGACACCCCUGAACAGCCAUGCUGCCCUGUGGAGACCCUGGCUCAUCACCAGCCGGGAUGGAUGUAGGAGAAACAAGCUCGCAUGUCCUUACACCAGACCAGCAGUGCCGAGUAACACUCCAGCAGAUGGCAAAACUCAGUCCUUCCAGCACCCUGUCAGACUCUUCUGGCCAAAGUCCAAGUCCUAUGACUACCUCUACAGCGACGGUGAAGCACUGCUGAGAAACUUCCCAGUCCAGGCAACAAUCAGCUUCUACGAUGAGUCUGACAGCGAGAAUGAGGAGGAGGAAGAUGAGGAAGACUGGGAGGAUGAGGAGGAGGAUGACUGUGAUGAGAAGGAGUGCCUAAAACCCCAAAACCAUUUCACCACCUAUAAUUAAAUUCACACCAUACAAGACUGUAAUAAUACCAGCAGUCGCAUGAACUGUCAUGCACUCAGAUGGGACUAUAUACACAGUGUCUUCACUACAGAAAAUGUUUGAUUAACAAAUUGUGCACAUCCACCACAGCCUGCAUGGGUGUCAUUAAUGUUUUUUUUUUUCUCUGAACCAGUACAUGAAAUUUCAUUCAUGUAUUGCCAACUUCCAAAAAUGUUCAGAAAACGUUCAGAACAGAAUGUCUUCCUAAUUGUAAAUUCCUCUGGGAAUUAAAUAGUGGAAAACAAACGAUCCCAUAUUGGGACGGACGAGUUAUCUCAGGGUCUCUGCUUUUUUUUUUGUACAUGAGAUGUUUACCUGUAUUUUAUUCCCCUAUCCCUAAUUUAUGGUGUACAUAUCUACAUAUAUAUAUUUAUGUCUUAUUUUUGUACUUUUGUGCAUUUGUCACAGAAUAAACUAAUAUGUAAAAAAAUAA